UGUUGUUUUUAGUUUAAUGAAGAAAAGUGUUUAUUUAAAAAAAUAUGUGGUGUUGUUUGGCAAAAAGUUUGUGAAACCGAUAAUAUUCAAAGUUCUAAAUAAAAAAAAUGAAAACUACCAAGUGAAAACAGAUUUGAUUUUCAAUAAACAACAUUCCAAUUGCAAUCUUCACAAGUUAAAACAGCUAGAAACUAAAGUUGAAACAAAUUAAAUUCAAAGUUAAAUAAAAAAAAAAAGAUUUGUUAUAAUUUCUAUUGACGUGUUAUGCUGAUGUUUUUAAAAUUUUAAUAAAAACUUUCAACAUUUGCUGUGUGGGCCUUCGCGGGGGACCAUGCCGGUCAUUGCUGAUUCAGAUGAACCACCAGCAAAAUGUUGCAAAUAUUGUGAGGAGUCUACGCACGGCGUGGACGGGCCUGUAUCGUGGCGUUUAACGCUCGAUCAGGAUCUUAUCGACACGCUAAAAGGCAGUUUCCCCAGUUGGUUUCAACCACAGACCACCACCACCACCAACAACAACAAUAAUUCAUCAAUUACCACAACAGCUGUUGUUAAUCACAAUCACAGCAGUCACCAUCAUCACCAUCAGCUAAAUAACAGUAGCAGCAACAACAACAACAGCAGCAGCAGCAAUAAUAUCGCCACAUUUUUAACCACAGCCGAUACAAAUAACAAUCAUACAACAACUUGCAACGGCAACAGUAUAACAAUAACAACAACACCCGGCCUACAAAACGGUAUAAAUUUGUUAAACAAUACAAUUUGUGUGACACCCAUAACGAUAGAUACAACAGCAACAUAUUUGAAUACACAGCAACAGCAACAACUACACAAUCAUAAUUUAUUAAAUAACUUUAAUAAAAGCAACAACCAUAACAAUAAUACACUCCAUUUGCAUCAGCUAAACGGUGCAGCUGCCACUUCCCUACUUUCAACAACAUCUAACGUCACCGCCCACACCAACAACUCCUCCACAAUAUUGUCAACAAUUCCAUUGUCAGCAACGUGUUCAUCAUCCGCCUCGCCAGCCUCCAGUAUCACAUCGAAUUGUUCGGGCCACUCAUCACAUUCAACGAUCUCAUCAAAAAAUUCACCAGCAGCCUCCAUCACCCAACAGCUCCCAGCAAAUCCCACAACUAAAGGCAAAUUGUCAUUGAAUUGUAAAACAAAUAUAAAAACCAAUAAUUAUAAUUGCUCAUCCUCGCCCUCGUCUGCUUCCUCCUCAUCGUCUUCAUCCUCCUCAUCUUCGUCAUCGUGUUCGUCAGCUUCUUCAAAGUCCUCGAAUUCAGAGUUUCCCACAAAACCGUAUGUAAAGACACAUAAAAGCCUUAACGGUCAUAUAACCAAGUCAAACUCAAACGCCAAAACAACAGCAACACUAGCAACACCUGUUGUUGGCGUUGCAGGAGGUUUAGUUGGAGGAGGAGGAGGAGGAAGUAGUAGUGUUAUUGGUUUAAAUAGCAUCCAUCAACCCAUAGCCUCAGUGGGUGCUACCACAAUCACACGAGUAAUUCCAAAAUCACCAUCACUACACAGUCUGAGUGGUGGUUCAUUACUUGCAACAUUCUCAUCGCCGGGUUCGGCCACAACAUUUGAAAUCAUUUCCGAUUCAUCGUGUAACGGUCUACUGACAUCGGCGCACUUGAGUGGAAAGAACGCAUUUGAGCACUCAUUUCACGACAUCAUACUAUUGCAGGAAGCCUACGACGAUAUGUCAGAGGGUGAACAACGUUUAAAUGCAUCUUUUCUGGGAGGCAGCAGUGAUGAUGGCACAAAUUCCGAUUUCUAUGAUCCUAGACAAUCGCCACCAAAAGCAAUUGUUGAUUCCAGUCCUCUGCAGCCACAAAUGGAUAAAAAUAAAGAAUCGCUCAAAGUUAAAUUAAUGGUUAGAAGACCCCAUUCACAGCUUGUUGAACAAGGCAUUAUACCACCCCUAAAAACUUCACCCGCCAUUCAUGAACAAUGCAAACAGUUGGAACGUGCCAAAACCAGUGACUUAUUGAAAGCCAAAAUCCAACAAAGACCCAACAGGGAAGACUUAGAAAGACGUCACAUUCUAGAGGAAGAUGAAUGUCACAUCGAUCCCAGUUUGGCUGAAAAACAGCGUAUGCUCAAGAAGGCCCGUUUGGCCGACCAGCUCAAUUCACAAAUACAACAUCGCCCGGGGCCCUUGGAGCUGAUAAAGAAGAAUAUCUUGCACACCGAGAAGCCCAUAGAGAAAAUCGUAAAAGAAGGUUUGGUUACCUUUAAGGCCACCAGUGAGGGCCUCUUGACCAGACCACAACAUCCCAAUAGUUAUGUGACAUUCGAAGAUGAUUCACAGUCAUCGGAAAGUGAUACUAGGCAAACACCGCCCAGAGUGGAGGGUCAGCUGGCAGUUAGUACUGCAGUCACAACUAGUGUAACCACCACUAGCUGCGCCACAACAAGUAGUAGUGAUGUUUUGCAAGCGGCUGCCGCUUCGGCGGGUAUUGUAACAGUGGCUUUAAGUAUACCCACUUCGGCGGGCCAGCUUAUGGUGACCUCCACCCCUUUAAAUCAGACUAAAUUAUGUUCAUUAAAGGGUAACUACAUACCUCCUCCUCCUCCGCCGCCCUUACCCAACAACUUGGCUAUAAAGGUUAAACAGGAGACUUCCAAUUUAUAUGAGGAACUUUGUCAAUCAGUGACUGGUACAGCUACCUCCCAUUACUUGCCCAUGGUAAAUUCUCCCUGUUCAUUUGCCUCUUCAACCUCUACCUUAAGUCCUCUAUCGUCAAUUUCCUCACCUCCCCUGAGUAUAACACCACGGCCAGUUAUACAGUCACCAGCUUUGCAGAUUGCCAAAUCAGAUGCCCCUGGCAAGGAUAAAAAUAGGAAAAAAUCCAAAUCUAAACCUGUAUCCAAGGCCCGUACUAUAAAAUUCCAUGAGUAUAAAGGACCGCCCAGUGCGGCUCAUAAAUUGUCUAGUGAAAGUAGUGCCAGCACCGAGGAGACAUCCUAUCAACUAAUGCUGGAGCAACAGAAUUGUCUGUUAAAGUUUCUGGAGACUUUAAACAAAAAUCAAUCAAUUAUACCAGCUACUAGUUCAGCCACUACUACACCCACCUGCAGUGUGGUCAGUACGGUUGGUAAGACGGUCAGUAAUGUUAUAAAUACAGUAACCACAUCCACAGCCAAUUCCACCACAGCCCUGGCUUUGACUACACCCAAUAGUGGCGGAAAUAAUGCAGUACAGCAAACAGAGGCGGCCUGUAACCAGGCAAAUAUGAUGGCAAACCCCGCGGCAGCUGUAGGAGUAACACCAAGACCUCCACCUUUGCCUUCUCCAGCCUUAUCGGUAACUUCAUCCAUACCGGCCAGUCCUUGCACCAGCUAUGCCGAAUCUUGUGCUUCUUCGUUGCCCGACACCACACGUUUGGAAAAAAUGAAAGUUUCCGAUUUGAAAAUGCAUUUGAAGAAACGUAAUCUACCCGUGUCGGGACCUAAGCCUCAAUUAAUAGAAAGAUUAAGACCCUAUUUGCCACUGGAAUCUUUAGAUGCUCCUAUGGCCUGUAAUAAUACGGAAAAUAACGCUAGCGCGGUAGAAGCCAUGGAUCAAACAGACAUUAAUUCCCCCAAACCAAACAGCCAUGUCGAUCAAGAGCAAAUGGAUGUAGUGCAACAGCAAGUAGAUUCGCCCCAACCCAUGACCCUACAAACAGUCGUAACACCUCAACCUCAAACGGCCACCAUUAUUAUGACCAACGAGGAAUUAUUAAGGGAACAACAAAGGAAAAUCGAUGAACUACAAAGACAACUGCAGAGGUCACAGCAAGAGCUCUUGGAAAUACGGAAAAAACAACAGCAACAGGUAAACAUACCGCAGCCACAAACACCACCAACCAUUUCCAUACACAAGAAUGUGGUGGCGAAUAAGCCGCCCUAUCAACAGCAAACCGUAACAGCUCAGCUGGUUAAUGGCAUGCCAACACAACAAAUCACUCUAAUAGCCACCACCACCAAUCCAGCUAAUGUGAAUAACAUUAACAGCCACAAUAAAAAUAUACCACAAACAUUGACUCUGCUGCAACAGCCGCAUCUUAAGGAUAUUACAACACCAGCCAAACUUACCAUCAAAACCCACACAAAUCCUGUGAAAUCAGUGGUGGUGCCGGUGCCUAUCGUCAACAAGAAACCCAAUAAUCAAUUGCAGAUUAUUGGUAAUUUAAAUACCACCAACAACAGCACAUCGACCACCACCACCACCCCGGUAAUGACACAAAAGAUGGUGGUCAAACAGCAACUGGAGGCUAAAAUACAAAAACAAAAGCAGGCCCAAGCAGCGGCUGCCGCAGCUCAGGCCCAAGCAGCCGCUCAGGCACAGGCUCAAGCUCAGGCCCAAGCUCUGGCCCAGGUUCAGGCUCAAGCUUUGGCCCAGGCACAGGCCCAGCAAGCCCAGCUAAGACUCUUAACACAAAAGACACAAACUGUACUCAUUCCAACCGGACCUACCAUAACCACCACCACAACCACACCAAAUGCCCCCAAAACACACGAUGACAAAUUGAAACUGAAAAAUAACAACUCGCUAAAGGGCAACUCGUCCACCACCAACACGGCCACCAUUGUCACCAACCAAUUGCCCUUAACAAAGACCCACAACAAUUUGGGUUUGGUGUGGAAUGAGGGCAAUCAAACCAUAUUUCUGGUGGGCCUCAACGAUCAACACAUGACAGCCCAUACCAUAGGCAAUAUUAGUUUGGCCAAUGCCACACCGGCCACUAAAAAGUUAUUAAAUGGUCAUCAACGAACUAAUUCCCUGCCCAGUAUAGUGUUUCCCAUAGCAACUAACCAGCAAGCGGCAAUGGCGGCCGGAAAUAAUCUCAAUGAGACAAAGCCCUUAAUAACACAACAACAAUUACAUAAAUUGCAACUGCAACAGCAGCAGCAUCAUCAGCAGCAACUGCAACAACAACAACAUCAGCCUUUACCACAACAGCAAAUUAUACAAUUAGAUAUAAAGCCACAAAACUUGCAGCCUCCACCACCGCCUCCUCCGCCGCCACCACAAUACGAGGAAGCCACCAAACAAUUGAAGGCAAAACAACAGCAGCAGCAGCAACCACAAACAACAGCCACAAAUUUAUUAAAUCCUUUAAUAAAAAUUAAAGAAGAACCCUUAUCCACAACAACAACUGUAAAUUCCUCUGGAAACGAAACUGGAACAGGCUGCACCCAGACCAAUAACAACUUAAAUGAACAAAAACCCUUAAAAUCAUGUAUAAAAUCGGAAAAAUUAAACGAUGUCUUGGAUAUACUUAUCAAACAGGGUGAUUUACCAGAAAGUGCAUUGGAACCCAUAACCCCUCCCCUACCAACGCCCCUGACACCCACCGGCUCCAAUGUGCAAAUGAAUGAUUUAACCGACAACAUGCUCUACCCCCAAAUGGAGGAUACCAAGAACAUUAUCAAACAGGAAAAUCUUAUGGAGGCGGUGAAUAAAAAGGAAAUUAACCCCACAACACAGCACAGUCAACAAAUACAUUCCAUGGAAAUGGAGUGUAAUAAUAGUAACAGUAAUAGUAAUUUAAAUAUAAAUUCCAUUUAUGAAUUUUAUCAAAAAACCAACAAUAACACGGCAGCCGCCAACACAACAAAUCCAACAAUGGCAAAUAAUAAUAGCAACAGCAGCAGCACCAACACCAGCAACAGCAACAAUAAUAAUAAUUUUAUAGAAAAUAUUGAGAUGGCUUCACCGCUACAACCCGAAAUUCAUAUGGAUAAUGAGAGUGUAGCCAAAACCCUGGAUAUAUUCUUAGAUCGUCAUCAUCAACAACAGCAGCAUCAGCAGCAGCAGCAGCACCAACAGCAGCAGCAACAGCACCAGCAAGUGCAUCAUCAAACUUCGCCCACACACCACGAUAUGUUGAGCAAGGCCUGCAUGGAUAACAACUCAACACGAGCCUCAGGAUCUCUACACUCUAACAAUUCCCCGGAGGAAGCCAAACUCAAUCAUUUCGAUGAAUUCGAAUUGCUGGAAUUAAUGUCACAACAAUUGGAAAUGGACAUACAGGAAGACAAUUCCUCUUACCAAAACCAUCAGCACCAUCAACAGCAGAUACAGCAGCAGAGCAACAACAAUCUAAAUAAAACUCUUCAACAUAAUCAGCAUUCCAAUGAAAAAACACUCUGCAAUGGUUUAAAUCGGGACAUGAAUCCCAGCUUACAAACAUCGCUGGCCCAGCUAAUGAACAACCAAAUGUUAUCGCCCAAUACAGCAGCCUCAAACAGCUCAUCCUCACCCUCACAUGGUCACAAUAUUUUAGAUGAUUUUGAUACAGAUUGUUUUGUGCAACAGUUGACACAACAACACCAGCAGCAGCAGCCUCAGCAACAUCAUCAUCAACAACAACAACAUCUUAAUCAUCAACAACAUGCUCAAAUCAACAAUCAUCUCAAUAAUAACAACAACAACAUUAUGGAAAACCAUAAUAAUAUUAUUAUUAAUAAUAAUAAUGAUAAUAACAAUUGUAAUAGCUCCACCACGCCCAUGGAUGUUUGUGAUGAUUUUGACAAUCCUUUAAGUGAUUUUAAUUUCUCCACCUUAUCGCCGGAUUCAAACAUCAAUACACCACCACAUCCCUUUGGCAUGUCUUCGACGACGACCUCAGCAACAUCCCCAUCAUCAUCAUCAUCGGCAGCCGCCUCAUCGGCCACACAACAGCUAAACGGAAAUUCCUUAACAACUUGUGGUUUACAAGCACCAGCAGCAAUAUCUUGCAAUAAUCCAGCCUCCAACUCCCCCCUAACAUCACACCUCUCAGCCUUAACAGCCUCAGCUACUGGCUGCGGAGUUGGAUUGGGCAACUUAGCAAAUAUGAAUACAAAUGGUUUGAUGCAACAUCCUUGCCAUGAACAAAUGUCCAUUUGUAAUGCUAAUGGCAUGAUGAUGGGCGGCGGCGGAGGUGUUGUUGGCAUGGUAGGCGGUGGCAUGGGUGAUAAUUCCUCCAAUGCCACUGAUACAUUCGGUUCAAAUUCACAGGAUAUCUUCGAUUUAUUUAAUAUUGAUGAUUAUAAAAUGUCCUGGGGUGAGGGUGAUUUUGCGGUAUAAAUAAUUAUAAAUGAAUGUAUGAAAGAAAGAAAGUCAUUGUAAAAAAUGGUUGGUAUUUUUUUUUUAAAUAAGAUUUUAUUAUUUUUUUUAAGUUUUUUUAAAUUGCAGUCUUAUAAAAUUAAAUGUUUUUUGUAUUAAUUAAUAUUUUAAUUAGCUAUAAAUGAAAAAUGAAUGGCAAAUUCGUUUUAAAUGCAAGAAAAUGUUUAAUGAUUUUAAAAUAAAAAAUUGUUUGUAAUAGAAAUUGUGAUUAACAGGCCUGUCACAGAAUUCCAUUCCGAUCGAAAGUGGAAUUAAUUCUGUAUUUCGUUUCUGCAGAAAAGGUUAAACGAAAAUUGCUUUCGGUAUGGAAACACUUUCAGUUUUCAAAUUGGAAUUCAUAUUUCUUUGUAAUUUUUUGUUUUUCUAAAAUGUUUAAUAAAUUUCUGUACCAAAAACUUUACUUUUGUUUUAAUUAAAAUCAGAAAUACAGAAUUUUUAAAUAUUUUCGGAAUUAAUAAAAAUCUGAAAACGAAAUCGAUCGUAAUAAAAGCUACGGAAUUGAAACCAUUUCAAACAAAAUGUGUGACAGGCCUGUAUAUAAAUAUUCAACAUUUUUAAUUGAAAGUUCCAAACAAAAUGGAGAUUUUUUUAUUUAAUUUUAUUAUUUGAACUUAAAUGCAGAAUUUUAAUUUGAUUUUUUUUAAAUUUACAAAACUUAGCCCAAUAAGCACCAAAGCCCCAAAACUUCAAGCACUUGAACAUUUUAUUGGAAAUUUGCUUGAAUGCAAAUGUAAUUAUUUUUUAAACUUGAAAAAUAUUUUAAAAAAUUAUUUUCAAUUAAAAAAACAUAUAGUUUGAAUUUAUGUUUCCUUUUUACUGGAGAUUGCUAUUGAGAUAAAGUGUAAUACAACUCUAAUUCAAUUGCUUGACUAUAAUUCAAGGCUUGAAUUAUACUUGCUUUACACUUGGAUUUCUGUAAAAAUGCUUUUUGGGAGAAUUUGUUUUCAAUAUUAAAUAAAAACAAUAUAAAAUCAGUACAGUCUGAUACUGAGAAUAUUUAAAAUUUUCACUUUACCUGCGUCCAUAUAUUUUGGGGGUCAUUGUCUAAUUCGAUUCGUAUAGAAAAUCAUUUGUAUUUCUAUUCUUUAUACUUUGAAAUUUGAAAAUCUUAUCUUACGAAUUGAAUUACAUAAUAACUCCCUGGUUUUCUCUUACUUUUGGUAAAAUAUCGGCCGGCUAAUAUGGAAAGGUUGUCAGUGGUGUCACAUUUACGAAAAAGUGUCUUUGAAAUUAUUUGAUAAUUCUCUUUUUUUUCAUAAAAUUCUUAAACUUCAUUCAAAGCCAUUUGAUUGAAUAUAAUUAAUUCAUUAUUGAAGUAAUUCCUAACUAAAAGAAUUAACUAAAGAAUUAGUUCUAAAAUGAUUAAUUCAAUAGGUCUAAAGUACUAAGUACUAAUGAAUUAAUUCAUAAAGGAAUGGUUAAGAGUUAAAUUUUAAAUUGAUGUUGAAAAUGGAAUUGAGAAUUAAUUGUAUUGAACCUUUGGUAUUCGAUAUAUAAAAUUAAUGAAGAAAUAUGGCCGGAAAACAAUUUUCCAUUUUUUUUUGUAAUGAAAAUCAUUCAGUUUUUGAAUAAUUUUUGAAAGUUUUUCAUACAAA